UGUUAUUAAAAACAUUAUCAGUUCAUAACAUAUCGAUCCCAUUGUUAAGAGCUGUGAGACUAAUUUAUUGCUAUAACACAAAAAAACCAAAAAAAUGGUUUUACGAAAUCGUUUUAAAGAUAGUGCCAGUAUUGGAAGCAGUGAACCUGAAGGACUUCAAAAAAUGGAUGAGGUUCUUAAGGAUAUGUCCUUACAAAAAAUGCGUGAUCGAUUGGAGGAUUUACAAAAUUCAACAUUAGAAAAUAUUAACGAACAAUUAUCAACUUUGGUGGGGGAAAUUAUGAAAGAUGUCGAAAAAUGUGGAGUCUCGCAUGAAUUCAAUCAAUUAUUUAAUAAAAAUAAUAAAAAAUCUACAAGUCGUCAUGGACAAUUACGUGAUAAAAAAUUUAUUCCACGAAAUUCGCUGUUAACGGAUUUAUUCGAUAUCAAACAUAUCAGUACAAUUCACAAUAUAUUUGUUGUAAUUAUUUCGUUUUUAUUCUUGCAUUCUUCCAUUGGCGAUUAUUUUGAAACUGGAAGUAUAAAUUUUGGACUGUCCACAAUACAAACAACAUUUCAAGGAUUUUUUACGAUUGCCAUAUUAUGGAUUUGUAUGUUUGUAGCAACGCAAUUUGUAUAUACUUUUUUUAGUAUUUGGGCUCACAUCCAUGUCCAAUUAACGCCAAAAACGACUUCAAUUUAUAUUUGGGAUCGUUUAUGGAUAAUUUUGUAUAUUUUAUACCAAAUUACUUUUAUGUGUGGUUUUGCAUAUUUGGUUCGGCUUAAUCAUUACACAUUUGGAACUGGAAUGGCAUUCUUUUGUGAACAAGCGCGGUUUAUGAUGAAAUGUCAUGCGUUUGUACGCAGUAAUAUAACGCGGGUGUUAAACCAUAACGAUUCACUCAAACCACAGACUGGAGUUCAAAAUCAAAUUUUACCCGGAUUUUCAAAGUACUUAUACUUUUUAUUUGCUCCAACGUUGAUUUAUCAAGAUAGUUAUCCAAGAACAAAAGAAAUUCGUUGGGGAUUUCUUUUAUGGAACGUUUUUGAAACAAUAAUGGUAUUAUUUUUAUUGAGCAAUCUCACGGAACGAUUUAUUUUUAAUGUUUUCGAUGAUUAUGGAACCGUUCAUUAUGAGACCAAAAAAUUGUUAUUCAAAAUUAUUGGACUGACUUGUCCAGCAUUAUUCAUAUACUUUUCGGGAUUUUAUUUGUUUUUACAUUCAUGGCAUAAUGCUUGGGCAGAAGGUUUACGAUUUGCUGAUCGAUUAUUUUAUAAGGAUUGGUGGAAUGCAACAAAUUUUAGUGAAUAUUUUCGUAAAUGGAAUAUAAUUGUCCAUGAUUGGCUGUACAAUUACGUGUAUAAAGAUUUACAUGAAAAUUUUGGACGUAAUAAUAAAUUAUUUCCAUUUUUAAGUGUUUUCAUAAUUUCAUCCAUAUUCCAUGAAUAUAUUGUUGCAAUGUCCAUUGGAUUCUUUUAUCCGGUUAUGUUUUUCUUUUUCGCUGGCAUUGGAUUAUUUGCAAUAUUUAUAACAAAACAAUUAGAGAAAAUAACUAAAAAUGCUGGUAACAUGUUUAUGUGGACUGGAUUAAGUUUUGGUAAUGGUUUAAUGAUUGCUUUCUAUUCAAUGGAGUUUUUUGCUCGUCGUAAUUGUGAUUACCAGAAUGAUUCCAUGUUUGCAUCUAUAAUUCCACAUUCAUGGGUCUGUAAUAAAUGAGCUGUUCGUAUCCUGGAUUUGGAAAGCGUUUCUAAAUUGUAAUUAUUUAUUCUAUAUUAGAGUUAUUUUUGGUAAAUGUUUUUGCCUGUUAUAAGGUUUAUUGUUACAAUUUUAAUAAAUGUAUGUUUUUAUAAAUAA